GGUCAUAAAAUGUCAUGGCGGCGCAGAGAAAGUAGACUUCCGUGACGAGAUGAAAAUAAAACACAAGCAGUGACUGAAAAGAUGACUGAAAGAAAAUUUAGACAGGUCCUCCAUCGCCAGGGAGAGGCUGCAAAGAUCAGACAGUCGGUGGCUCUACAGAUGAGAGAGAACAUUAUUCUGGUAAAGUUGCUAAAAUUUGCAGACGAUAUCUACUGUGUGUCGACUUGAUCAGUGUUGAUCUAACUGCCUAUCUCCCUUUUUAAUUUAAUUUGAUACAUUGAAUUCCUUUUUCGUUUUAAAGAAAAUUGUAUAAGUACAUAUGUAACAAACACUCGGUUAUGUGAGAUACGAGUAAGCCCAGUAAAAAUCUAUAUAAUGAGCAUGAUGAUAAUGAUAUUAGAUCCACGACUGGCAUGUUAAUUAUUAUCCUAAAAGACAUGCAUGAAACUAAUUUGUAUUUCAGGGCUGGAAAAUGAAUAUGUAGGCUUGAGUAUACACCAAUAGGUUUUAUACAGAGUUACAUAAUGUAGUUCCUAGUGGAUUUAUCAUUCAAUUAUUAAGAAACUGAUUCCAGGGGGUAUUAAUUGUUUUUAUACUUGUAAAUUUUAUGUGAGUGAUCAUAUCUCUCUAGUAAUGGUGAAAUUCAGUUCUGAAAUGCAUUAUACAUGAAAAUACUGGAAACAAUUAUUUUAGAGUGUCAUCAAUUAUGUUAAGUACUGUUGACCACUUCAGCCAGAAUGUUUGAACAUUUCUAUGGCAGAGAACUUUGGAAGCCACAUGUUUUAUAUCUUAGUAUUCAUUUAGUAGGCCUACAGAUUAGUAAAAACAUAUGUGCAUCUGUUUUAUCGAACUGGAUUUUGUAAACAUCGAGUCAUGUUUUAGCCUACUAACUAAUGUAUUUGUAAUAUGAAUCAUUCUUAAAACAGAAAUAUUUAUAACAAAAUGUCUUCGUAGAUGAGAUCAACAAUCAUAAAUAAUUAAUUCAUCUUUUUCAAACCUGAAAAAAUAGUCAUUAUGAAAGAGAUAAAAAGUUUUGAAAUGAAUGCAAUAAAUAUAAAGGAGGAAUGCUACACCAGAGAAAUUUGAUGUGGAUGAUAUGUACAGCUAUAUUGUGAAAUUGAAAACCUUCCAAAUUUACUUUAUUUAAUUAAAAAUGCAGUUUUAUAGUUGAACGUAAUCCAGGGGAAAAAAGAAAACCCCUGCUGGACUUGACCCACAACCUACAUUUCAGCAGUCAGCAUGCGAAACCUACUGAGCUACCUAACUAGGUGAUUAAAUUUACAUAGUCACCAAUGGUCAAGUUUUUCUUUAUUAAAUCAAAAGACCCCAACAGGCAUAUACAUCUAUGAAUGAAAUAACAUGUUACAGUUGUAUAUUAUGUAUAUAGUUGAAUAAAAAAGCAGGAAAAUAUACAGUUCCAAAAUAUAUUAUAAAAAAUAUAUUUUAUAAUUUAUAAAAAAUAUAAUUCAUAUUAAUAUGAAUAUAUUUUGGAACUGCAUAUUUUCCUGCUUUUUUAUCUAAUUAUUUUGACUGUGUGAUGUCAACUUUUUCUGUUUGGAUUGACAGUAUAUAUAUCUACGAAGAUUACAAACUACAAUUCAUUGAUUUCAAAUUUGUUACUGACAACAAGAUUUUGCAUAGUUUGGCAAGACUGAAGAGGCCUUGAGUUUCCUCAUUAUUCAAUAAAAUCAUGAAAUUUAACUACAUUGGUGUUAUCAAGAUGAUAUAUAAUAUUUUUAGAAUAAGUAAAAAUUUCUUUCAUUCAGAACUAAAAAAUAAAUAAAUAAAAAAGUUACGUUCCAUGAGGUAAUGAAAUCUAUCACCAAUAUUUCUACAUUCACGUAGAUUACAUGUUCUAUCAUCCCAGUUGUCACCUCCAAAAUCUACCUUGCUGUAUUGGAAAUCUAUGAUUCAUCAUUCAUGCACCUAAAAUGGCAUAAAGUUACACCAUGUCCAAUCUUAGUUUGUGUGUUGGUUAUUGAAUUAUCUCCCUUUGAACAUGUUACUUGAUUGACAGACAGAGAUGUCUGUAUUAAUGUAACAUGUCUGUAGGGUUUAUGUGGAUUCCCAGAUCUAGGUCUGGUGGUCUGUGUUAUUACAGUUUGAUGGACAGUUUCACACUCUAUGUAUGUUCCAACACUAAUGGGUACAUAUCAGGCUGGGCCAUCUCUGACCAAGAGCCGUCAAUAAGUGAACUAUACACAUCUAGUGUGCAGAAAGAAAUACAGCCAAUCCACAGUAUUCUUCUGGAUGCUUUGAACUUUUUUUUUUUUUUUGCUGAACACAUCUAAUGGGAAUGAAUACUAAUUUGCAUGGGGUUAUGAGAUGUCAGGAAAACAAUGAUAACAUUUUAUCUUUUACUGAAACCUACAUGAAAGAUCAAGGAAAUUAGAAAGAUUAUCUACUGGUUUUAUUUGGAAAUUAUUUUUGGUUGAAAUAGAAAAUGUACAUGUGUGUUAGAUAGCGCAGUAUUUUCACUAUUUAUAAGCGAUUUUCUUAACAUGUUAGCAUUUUGUGCUUUGAAUUUGCUACUUUACUAUACACUUGUACUACACAUAUUACAGAUUGCAUUUGAUAAUUUACUAAUUGAUGUUUUUCAAGGAUAAACAUAUGGUAUAUCAAUAUAUUUAUCUUUCGAUGAAAGCAUUGAUAUAUAUAAAUCUACAAAAAGAAACAAUUUAUUUCAAAAUAUGAAUAUAAGGAAUAAAUGUCUAGGUUGUACUAUGGGGGAUAUAAAACAAUAGAGGCAUGGUCUUUAUUGAUUUUACAAGUAGAAUUGUCCCAUAUGCUUUCACUGUUUUCAUACUCCUUUCAUAAAAAACUACCAAGAGAUUUAUUCCUUAAAUACAUGUAUAGCACUCUCCUUACACAUAUUUUCUUUUUACAAAAUUGGUGUAGUGCUUCUUUGUGUACAUGAUAUUGUCAUAUCAGAUAAGUGAAAUAAUGUGUGAGAUUAUAAGUAGUUCCUACAGGGAAAAGUUUUUUCUGUAAAUAAUGUUUAGUUGAAGUUUUAGAAUUCUUAUGUUGCUAGGAAGGUGUUGGAUGUCUGCAUAGACAUAGAUAUUUAUAUGAAGGAAAAAUAAACCAGAACAUUAAAGCAUUUAAACUCGGACAGUAGUUCAGUGCAAACUGAGUUACAAGACAUUCCUGAUUACAGUGAACAGGGCAUAUGUUUAUGUAUGCAUUUUUUGUGUGUAAUUUGUGAAGCUACCAACAGUAGUGACCUAAAUUGAUGAUUUAUUAUAAAAUUUAGUUGACAUCUGUUUAAAAUUCAUAUGUUGUAUUAGUUAAGGUUUAAAUGUGAGUUACUUUGUACCCAUCCAACCCACAAACAAUAAAUUAAAAAAAGUAUCUCUUUGCUCUUUAUCUUGUACAUGUACAAUGUACAUGUAUGUUAAUCCCUGUAGAGAUGGUAUCAUAUUUUCUACCUUUUUAUAGAUGUAUAAGGAAUUUGAAAAUCACUCUUAAGAGAGUGUCAGAUGAAUAGAAGCCCCAAGGAAUACAUUUCAUCAUGCAUAUGUCACACCUUGAUAUAACCAGAAAAUUUCAUGUCUUGACUUUCAUUUUAAAAAAGGGAAGCACCCAUAUAUAUUUCACAUUUCUUUUCACAAGAGAAGUUUAGGAAUGUCAGAGAUUAUAUUUGGGGGUCUUGUCACAUUUAUACUUGGUGUUGGCGUGCAGAAGUCUGACUGACAUUUUAUGGCUCAGGUUAUGGUUAGACCUCGCACAGUACUGUGCAAACCAAAGGAGUCUAACUUAACAGUCCAUUGGACUUGAUCUUAUUGUGGGAUUUCAUAUAUGUGGUUUCUUUUUUUCCUGGGAUGUAAAUGAACUGUGAUGGUACUGUUCCAUUGUUUUCUGUAAUGUGUUGUUGUGAGAGGCUGGAAUGUGUAACUGGAUCCUGGAUUUGUGCGGUGAGGCAUGAAUAAGAAAAAGAAGUUUGUUUUGCGUAUUCCUCAGAGAACUCUAUCGAUUGAGAUUAACAACAAUUAUGCCUAUACCAGGGCAGACAGAGACAGUGUUGUGGCCCGGCCCAAACAGGUGGACCCUGUAGACUAUGAAACAUACAUUGCCAAGAAUAAGAGCAUUCUUCACAAUGACCCUCAGAGGGAGAUGCUUACAUUUCCUUAUGAUGACAUCAUCAUUCCACCCCCAAACCCACCUAAAAAGAUGCGGACCUUGUACUCUACCGUUCCUAAUGCAGCAUCAGAUGAGGCCAAGGAUUUGUUAGUUCGACAAUGUAUCAAAUCAUACACAGACAGUUGUCAUGUGGUACAGUUCAAAUACAAUGCCUAUGCAGGAAGAUAUGAGAAACUUCCCAAUUUAUUAAAGUCAGCAGAACCUUUGCCGCAACACACAUUUGAGAUCGAUGCUGAACCUGAAGACAAGGGCGACGAGGAUACACGGAGUUUAACAGCCAGUAUCCAGAAGACAGGCUGGUUGUAUAAAGGUCCAGAUGGAGGGAAAGAAAACAUCAUCAGCUUUACAAGGCAAUUCAAGAAGAGAUAUUUUGUGUUGAAACAAGAGUCAGACUUCACCUUCAGUUUACAGUUCUACAAAGAUGAGAAGAAAACAGAUGCUAAAGGGGCCAUAUUUAUGGACUUGGCAGUAGAGGCUCGUCCGAACUCUAAACGAGGCAAGCACUGCUUUGAGGUCCACACCAAUGAUAGACCUCCAUAUGUGUUCGCUGCUGAGUCGGAUGCAGAGAUGACUGACUGGAUCAAAGUGUUAAAUAAAGUCAUCAAUGCUGCUGAAACUGCAUCUAAUAUCUCAAUAGAAAGGAGCAAAGAGGAAAAUCAAACUCCAGACAAAUCGGAUGGAAAACCAGAAGUCAGUAUGCAUCCAGAGCUUGCAAAGUACAACAGAGAAAGUGAGAUGAUGUUAACAAAAGCCCGUGAAGAAGGCAGGCAUAAUCUAUUCCGAGUUUAUCCUAACAUUAAAUUCCACUUUGAUGAUGAGGAGGAGGAGGAGGAAGGAGGAGAAAAUUCUGAGGAGAUCGAGGUGUUUCCUGCCACACACUGUAAUCGCUACAUGAUGAGACUAGUUGAUUUCAAACUUAAAACACAGGUCAACUUUGCUGAAGAGGGAUUAGGCCAAAAGUCUGCAAAUCCAGAGCCGUUUUUCUUGAGUUUUGCUUUGUAUGAUGCCAAAGAAGGGAAGAAAAUAUCAGAGGAUUUUUACAUUGAUCCUAAUGACCGUGAGAUCAAACAGAUGAUUCCAGAUGAGGUGCUGUUAGCUUCAGAUAAACUUCACACUGUGGAGGGAAGGAACUCAGCCCCAGAUCUUCACCAGCUGUCAGAGGAAUGGCUGCUGAAAAAAGAUAGACAUGCUGUUUUUUCUGUGACCUCCUGCCAUGCUGAAGUGUAUUUAUUUGUGAGGAUAGAAAAAGUACUCCAAGGCUCAUUAUCCCAGGCCUGUGAUCAGUAUCUCAAAGCCCCCUCUGGAAGCAAGAUCUACAGACAAAUGAAGCAGUUCUGUUCUCAGAUUGGACAUCACAGAAUGCCAUUUGGAUGGGCUGCAAGGCAGUUGAUCAUUGAAGCAAAUGGUCCAGCAGAUAUGAAAAUAUACAAACAAGAAGGCUCAAAAUUUUCAGAACUGGAAGUCAUUAAGAUUCUACAAGACUUUAAAAGACCUGAAAAACAUGGAAAACUUCAAGAGAUUCCAGGGUAUCUAAAAGUUAUAAUCCACAAAAUAAACCCAGAACUACCUUUACAAAAUACUUUGACUUCAUCUCUUGUGCCAAUAAAACCAUUCCCCAUUCCCCCACCAGAUCCUCCUGCAAUAGAGGUGGAGCAGUUUGUUCUAGAUAAAGCUUCAUUCUGUGAUACAUUCGACUCCUAUGUAAAUCAUCUUUAUGUUUAUCCCAUGAACCUGAGAUAUGAACACCAAAAAUCUUUUGCCAAGGCAAGGAAUAUUGCAUGUUGUGUGGAGAUUAGGGAUUCAGAUGAUGAAAAUGCCAUUCCAUUAAAGCGUAUCUAUGCCCGUCCAGAAGUAGGUGUGUUCACUACAGUCGCCUGUGCUACAGUUCUCCACCACAACACUUCGCCAGACUUCCUAGAAGAGGUGAAGAUAGCUCUUCCUAUACAGUUGCAUGAUAAACAUCACAUACUGUUCCGGUUCUAUCAUGUUAGUUGUGAAGGCUCAAAGUCCAAUCGUAGUUCAACGUCUUCCAUAAAAAAGCGAGACAAUAUUGAGACACCUGUGGGGUUCGCUUGGCUUCCUCUUCUGUCCCAGGGCAGAGUCACUGUAGGGGAGCAGAGUAUACAAGUGGCAGCCUGUACAGCAUUACCCAAAGACUACCUCUCAACCAAAUCCCCGGACAGAUCAGUUCCAGUACCAGAUAUCAAAUGGGUAGACAAUGGAAAAGCAAUAUUUAAAGUCAAAGUUCACCUUCAUUCAACUGUGUACACAAAAGAUCAGCAUUUACACAACUUUUUCUACCACUGUCAAAAGAUUGAAAAUGCCUUGAUGUCUGGAGCUGAUGUAGAUAGCUUAAAUAAGCUGAAGCUUGACAAGCCCACCAUGGAUUUGGAGAAAACCUUUCUAUCAAAUUCUACCAAGUCUCUUCAUGCAGUAGAUGUUUUGACCUAUGUCCAGUUCUUGCCCACCCUGUUAAAUCAGCUUUUCUCUCUCCUGGUGAAGACUAUCAGUGAUGAUGUGGCGCUAAACGCUGUGAAAGUUUUAAUCCACAUAGUGUCAGAGGUUUCUCUUGCUGAUAAACAAGAUGCCCUCAAAAGUUAUGUCAAGUAUGUAUUCAGUCCUGACCCAAUACCCAAAGGUUCUAAGAAUAUUAACACGGUGCAUGAAGAGCUUGCAAAAAACCUGACUACCAUCCUACGUCCGGCCAAUGCUGACAAUGUGGUGGUCUGCAAGUUCCUUAAAUACUCCUGGUUCUUCUUCGAGGUCCUGAUUAAGAGUAUGGCUCUCUACCUCACAGACACCGACAGAAUAAAGAUGCCGCGGAAUGAGAGAUUUACUGCUGAUUAUCAGUUCCGAAUACAGAACCUACUGCAAACACUGACACCUAAUAUCAUCCAGAAACAAAGAGAGAUGCCCAGGGAAACAAAGAUGGCCAAUCAAAGUUUAGCCAUGUUUGUGAAGAGCUGCUUCACUCUCAUGGACAGAGGCUUUGUUUUCAAGAACAUAGCAGCUUAUGUUGAACAAUUUGGACCAGGGGAUUCUAAGUCCCUGUAUGAACUGAAGUUUGAGUUUUUGAGUGAAGUAUGCUCCCAUGAACACUACAUUCCUCUCUGUCUUCCAAUCAUGAGGAAGGGCAUGAUCAAAUCUUUCAAAGAGAUCAAAUUAGAAGAUCUGAAAUGUGAUUACACACUCUCUGAGGAGUUCCGAAAGAACCAUUACCUGGUAGGGUUACUUCUACAAGAAGUGAAGAUGUGUAUGAAUGAGCCAAAGGAGGUCCGAAGGCAUGCUAUUCACUUACUGAGGAAUCAGAUAGCCAAGCAUUCCUUUGAUGACAGAUACACAUCCAAGACUCUACAAGGAAGAAUUGCUGCCCUGUAUUUGCCUUUGAUUUCCAUAUUGAUGGACCACAAGCACCAUCUAGUGGAUGAUCCCAAUGCCCCACCCCCUCAACAAGCCCCCACCAUAGUUGUGAAUGGAGAUGUUCAGUCUGGCAAACAAGAGAGCAGGCCCAGAACACCUCAAAUGCCCCAGAAAUCAGUCACAUUUGAUACCCCAGCUACACAGAGGGAAUCCAAAGUGUUUGCACUAAUAGCAGGACAUGGAGCACCAAUGCAGAGUCUGUCAGAUAUGAAAGCCCAAAUGAUGAAUGGUUCAGCUGGUUCUCUGUCACGAACAAACAGUACUUCUUCUGUAGACAGAGCCGAAGGCAAACCCACAGAGAAAGUGCACAGGAGAACACCUUCCAGCCAGAACAUUAAAGACUCUGCAUCUGAUAUCUCAGCAACCCCCAAACCUACCCAGAUCUUAAUGAAAUAUCAGAAGCUAGACAUCAUGGAGGUCAAAGAUCUAUUGCUGAGUUUCCUUCACAUCAUCAAGUACCUGCCAGAGGAUAUUCUUCUGGGAUGGUUCCACAAUUCUUCAGAAUUUGAUAUUAUUGAUUUCUUUAGUAUAUUAGAAGUCUGUUUAAGGAAUUUCCAAUACCAAGGAAAGAAGAAAAUUGUUGACCUGAGUGUGAUAGGAGACAGCACCAAAGCCUCAACAAUGCCAAUGAGCAGAAGAUCUGUACCCAGCAUGACCCCGAGGGCCCUCAGUCAGUAUGACGGCAUGGGAGAACCGGGACAUAUGUCCACUCCAUCAGAGGCUAAUGCUGUGAUGAAGGCCCUACAGGAGGCUAAUAUGUCCACAGAAGUGGGUCUGGUAGUGUUAGAUAUCUUGGCACUCUACACUCAUACAUUUAAGCGUAACUUGGAGCACAAGGAUGGAGACAACAGCCUGAUGAGGAAAGUGUUCAGCCUGUAUUUGGGCUUUCUACAAACCAGUCAAUCAGAAUCUCUUCAGAAACACGUGUUUGCUUCAUGGAGAUCCUUCAUCAAGAAGUUUCAACCAGUCUUAUUCAAAGGAAAUGCUUCACUCUGUGGAGAUCUAUGCUAUGAGGUGUUGCGGUGCUGUAACUCGAAGCUGCAGUCCACCAGGAAAGAAGCAUGUGCACUACUGUACUUACUGAUGAGAAACAACUUUGAAUUUACCAAGAAAAAGAACUUCACUAGAGUUCAUCUACAGGUGAUAAUCUCCGUGUCUCAGCUGAUUGGUGGAGUGGUGGAACUCAGUAACUCUCGGUUUACAGACAGUUUGGCUAUGAUCAACAGCUAUGCUGCCAGUGACAAAGCCAUGCAGCCAUUAAGUCCCUUUGCUAAUCUGGUUGGGGGAGUGUAUAGACACAACACAGAGGGUGAUGGCAAAGGACGCAAAAAGGGCAGUAAAGAGAAAAGUGGAUUCCCUUCAGAAGUAAAAGAUUUAACAAAGCGUAUCCGCACCGUUCUCAUGGCGACCGCCCAAAUGAAGGAACACGAGAAUGAUCCUGAGAUGUUGAUUGACCUUCAGUACAGCUUGGCCAAGUCGUAUGCCACUACACCAGAACUUCGUAAAACUUGGCUUGAGUCCAUGGCCAAUAUCCACCACAAAUAUGAAAACUACUCAGAGAAAGCCCACUGCUAUAUUCAUAUAGCUGCCUUGGUUGCUGAAUAUCUGAAGAAGAGAGUGUACUUUGAAAAACAAGGUUGUUUCCCACAGGGCUGUACAGCCUUUGCAGGGAUUUCCCCCAAUGUGGACGGGGAUGAAUCUGGAAUCAAGGAUGACUCAGGAAUGCAGGAUGUGCAGUAUACGGAGGACACAAUGGUGGAAUACUUAGAGAAAGCUUGCAGAUCUAUGGAGCUGGCUGAAAGAUAUGAAGUCCUAGGGGACAUUUAUAAACUUAUCAUUCCUAUUUAUGAAUACUCAAGAGACUUUGAUAAACUGGCUAGUUCAUUUGACAGUUUAUCAAAGGCAUACACAAAGGUUGUGGAUGUAACUGCUUCAGGGAAGAGGCUGCUGGGAAAAUUUUUCCGUAUUGCCUUUUUUGGGUCUUCAUAUUUUGUGGAAGAAGAUGGGAAAGAGUACAUAUACAAAGAACCAAAAGUUACAAGUUUGCCUGAGAUCUGUGAAAGACUGAAAGCCCUGUACAGUGAGAAGUAUGGGAGAGACACCGUAAAACUCAUUAUGGAUUCUAAAAAGGUAAACCCAGCUGAACUGGACCAGAAGUUUGCCUACAUACAGGUAACACAUGUCACACCUUACUUUGAGGAGAAAGAACUACAGAAGAGAAUUACUGAGUUUGAGAGGAACAACAACAUCAAGAGGUUUAUGUUUGAGACACCAUUCACAAAGAAUGACAAAGCUAGGGGAGAAAUCCAAGAGCAGUAUAAACGUAGAACCAUUCUACUUACCUCCCACAGCUUUCCAUACAUGAAGAAGAGGAUAGAAAUUGUGAAGAAGACAGAUACAGUAUUACAGCCUAUUGAGGUGGCCAUUGACGAGAUGCAGAAUAAAGUGGUGGAUAUUAGAGAGGUGGUGAAUCUGUCUCGGCCCGAUCUCAAGAAACUGCAGCUCAAACUCCAGGGUUCUGUCAGUACUCAGGUAAAUGCAGGUCCAAUGGCAUAUGCCCAAGCAUUCCUGACAAAGGACAAAAUAAUGAAAUUUCCACUGGAUAAAACUGACACCCUAAAGGCAAUAUUCAAGGACUUUGUGUACGUGUGUUCCGAUGCAUUAGAACUCAAUGGUACACUUAUAACAACAGAGCAGAAGGAGUACCACGAGUCUCUGUCUGCAGGAUACCAAGAGAUAGUGGAGAAACUAUCCGAGAUGUUCGGAGAAAAGAUUUCAAGGAUUUCAAAGGGUUCUAUGUCAGUAUCACAGAUAUUUCCUGGAGAGCAAGGAUUCACACCACGGGGUUCAACUGUGUUCAACAUUGUCAGUGCCACCUCUGAUUUUAGCUCAGCUUAGAUACACGCCUUUUGAGAUCUUAUUCCAGUUGAGGACUGGACUAACCAAUGAGCUAUCUUGUGAUGGACUUUACAUGGCAUUGCUUUGAAGAAGAUGCUUCGGUUGGCUUUGUUUAUGAAAGCAGUUUUUUGUAAGAUGUGCAUAUACAUGCAUAGAAAAAGAACUCUUUGUAAUUGUGAAAUUCAUAUCAUUUUUGUUCAUUUGGGUACAUUUCUUUAUGUUAAUUGUUAUGAAUUAAAGAAUAUAUGUAAUUUUCAAUUUUACAUGUAAUGUGAAUGUAAGCUUUUUAGAGGUUUGAAUGUUGUAAACUUGUAUGUAUGUUUCCUGUCCUGGGAAAUUUGAUACUGAUGAUGUAUAAUAUUUACAUGAAUACUGGUAAAGUCGUGUAAAUGUCAGAUUUUCAUUUGGUUUAGUUGUGCAAAUAUUUUGCAUUUCUGGUUUGUACAUUUUUUCAUGAUUGAUUUAUAGUUUUCUAUGCAAUUGUUAAAUAUGCACUUAAAUUUCACUUAUAUUCAUCGAUUGUAGGUUUUUUUUUCAGUAAAGAGCAACUGCAAGUGGCAGUGUGGAACUAUUAUUUAGGGUUAGCCCACUCUUACCAAAUGUUUGCAAAUGUAGAAACAUGUCAGAAGAAUAGAUGAAAUAUCCUAGGUCAGUAUUAACUUUCAAUUUCAAACUAACAAUUCAGAAUUUUCUUUGAAAUUCACAUCAAAUAUCACUGCAUAAUUUGCUAAAAUUACAUGUAUUGAUGUGUAUAAGUGUCACAAUUGAUACAAACAUCCUUUCAGAAAAUCUUUGGUAAUUGCCAUCUUAUUGCAAAUAUUUCAUACAAAAAUGUAAAUUUUUGCAGGAAUCAAUGACUAUUAGCUAGGAUGUUAUUUUAAAAGCUCGAUUUAUGUGUAACCCAGAGGUUAGAUUUUAUCACUGUAAUAUACUGUGCUAUUGUUUCCCCAAGUGUGCAACUUUUCACACAUUAACGAUCAAACAAUUUUACUGGCUCAUUCUUUUCAAAAGACAGAUCUGUUAUUUGCAUGUGAUAGCAAUUUUCAGCCACGUUUUAAAGGAUGACUGUUUGGGAGCAUAUCGGUGCAGGGAGAGAGGUGUGAAUUUUCUUUUCUUUUUUUCAGGCUUAUAUAAUAUUACACAUAUGGCAGUGUUUAUUUCAGGAACAUUUUGCACUGGGUGACUCUAUCAAUUCGAAUCAAUAUGAUUAAGCUUUAAUAUGAUGUAACAAUGUUUUAUCAUGUUAUUUUAUAUCCCGGUCUCUUUAGAAGUAAAAAUUGAUUGUAUUGUAAAAAGAAAGCACAUGACAGUUUAUAACGCUACAGAUAUUGAAGUAUGGAUAAUCUAUAGUGAAAAUUCUAUUUAUGUAUUGACAAAAAUUGCUGUUAUGUAUAAAUAAUCAGUUAUUUUAUAGGGUAAUAUAACAUACAGGAUUUAUCCACUUCACAGAAUAUUAUCAUUGUAAGUUUACAUAUUUAUAUCUCUAUAGAAUCUCCAGAACUACAUAUUUUAUGGCAUUAUCUAUAUUUUGUCCUCUCUAAACUAAUGGGGUUUAAUUCAAUAGCAUUCUAAACAUGAGACUACUAAACACCGAAUGUUAUUUGAGAACAUUUGUAAGCUAUCAAAGUCGCUUGAUCUUUGUGCAUCAUUUUGAUAUAAUGCCUUUUAAUCUGUAUUGACUGUGAUAUUUGUGAUAUAUAUAUAUAUUUUUUUUUUUUUUUUUUUGCUUUAGUGGGCAGUGUAUAGCAUACACAUGUAAUAUUAUUAUGUACUUGUUUGAAAAUGUACUUUAUGAAACACUUAAUCAAGUAAAAUUAUGAAACUGGUA